GAGGAGUGGUGGAGAGGCAGCAGCAGCAGCAGAGGGGGAGAGAGAGUCAGGAGGCUGGGGUCUGAGCAGGCGGAGGAAUUGGAGAGGGCCGAGCCGCUGCAUCCUCACCAUGCAGCCGAAAACCACCAGUCGUCCAUUUUUCACCAUCAUAUGAGCGCCAGUCUGUGUCUUGGUGAGGGCAGACAUCACUACCACCAUCGGCAGUAGCAGUAGCUGUGUGAUGAAAACAUAGGCCAACGCCUCGCUGCUGCAGCUUCAUACAGGGAAUGAAAACGCUCCCAAGAUGGUCCGCGUCGCCAAGGCUCUGGGUUUGAUCAUUCUGUCCGUCGCUGUGCUCAUCCUGUCGCUCAUCAGCUAUGUCUCUCUGAGAAAAGACAGCCUCUUCACCUCCAACAAAUACUACAUGGGAGGCCCGAGGAUUAUGUUCCAUGCAGGAUUUCGGUCUCAGUUUGCUAUGAAUUUUCUUGACCCGUCCUUCAUCCCUUUAACCACCGCCCUAAACGAAGAGCUUCAAGGAAAAGCGUCCAAAUGGAAGUUUAACAAGACUGCUUUUUAUCAGCACAGGAAAGACAUUUUCAAUUACAUCGACAUUGCCAACAAUUUCUCCCUAAUAAAGAACAGUGUACGCGUUGGACAGCUGAUGCACUUUGACUACUCCAGCCACAAGUAUGUCUUCUCCAUCAGCAACAACUUCAAGUCCCUGCUCCCAGACAUCUCUCCUAUCCGCAACAAACACUACAGUGUGUGUGCUGUGGUGGGAAACAGCGGCAUCCUGACAGGCAGCCACUGUGGCCCAGAAAUUGACCAGGCCGACUUUGUCUUUCGCUGCAACUUUGCCCCCACAGAUGUCUACUCCAAGGAUGUGGGCAGGAAGACCAACCUGACCACCUUUAACCCAAGCAUCCUGGAGAGGUACUACAACAACCUACUCACCAUACAAGACAGGAAUAAUUUUUUCCUCAACCUGAAGAAGCUGGAGGAAGCCAUCCUGUGGAUCCCUGCCUUUUUCCUGCAUACCUCAGCCACGGUGACCAGGACCCUAGUGGACUUCUUUGUGGAGCACAAGGGCCAGCUGAAGGUCAAGCUGGCCUGGCCGGGAAACAUCAUGCACGAUGUCAACAAAUACUGGAAGACUAAAAACCUCUCUCCCAAACGUCUCAGCACUGGAAUCCUCACGUACACGCUGGCGUACGCCAUGUGUGACGAGAUCCAUCUCUACGGCUUCUGGCCCUUCGGCUGGGACCCUAACACAGGCAAAGACCUGCCCUACCACUACUAUGACAAGAAAGGGACCAAAUUCACCACCAAGUGGCAGGAGACCCACCAGCUACCCAGCGAGUUCAAGCUGCUCUACAAGUUGCACAGGGAAGGCGUGACCAAACUCAGUCUAACACACUGCACUGCUUAGACAUGAUAUAGUGUUGGACUCCAGUGGCCAUGACGCAGAUACAUCAGCUCAGUUCGAAACCUAUGUUGAGUCCCACAUUGCAUGAUAUGUGUUUAUGACACCCGCAUUCUACAAACACACACUCACAUCACGCUUUUUUUUUUUUUUGACGCUGCUCACUUGCUUCCUUUUCUUCUCUUUUGCACGGCUGUAACUUAACAAGUCACACUAAACAGAUGUUUAUUUUAACUGGAGUCUGUAGGGGGUUUAGUUGUAAAAACAGAAACAGUCAAACCUUCCACGCCUGUAUUGAUUGAUUAAUCGACUUUUACAACAGUUAUACGGAUUCUGAAAAUCAAUACACUGAAAUCACUGCCUAAUCUCAGGGAAGGAGUUAGAUCAGUGUUUUUUGUAAUCAGAUUCAAUGUCUCAGAGAGCUGCAGUUCCUGUUUUCACGCCCUUUCCCCAAAACAAGGUGUGAAGACGGUGUUUGUUUACAAGAAUACACACAAACACACAUGCACAUUAUUGUCGUUCUAUAUUUGUGAGGACAAAAUGCAUUUCCUAUCCCGCUCAGCCAAACCCUUCACCUAAUCCUUAUCAUCCCCGAAGUUUAUCUAUGGUCGAAAUUGAUCCUUUCGAGAAAGACAUGUACACACACACUUAUAUUCUAUGUAGACAUUGGGAUGUUCCAAACCAAUUUUCUUUCAGUAAUAAUCAACAUUCCAAAAAAAAACAAACAACAAAACGAUAGCCACACUAGCGGUUACAUAGAAAUCACACAGCUUUGAUUUUUAAAACAAUUGACAAGCUUUGAAGAAUCCACAAUGCCAUUUAUCAGGACGUACACACUGAUCUAUACAAUCUUCAUAGCCAAUAGGACAUUUAAAUGCAUGAAUCCAUUCCUAAUUCUUUUGAAUAAAGUUUCUCUCGUUAGUCAAACUUGUAUGUUACUAAAUCUAUUUACAACUCAAAUUUGACAGUGACAAGACUUUAGGGACUAGUUGCAAUUGUCCUAAAAACACAAAAUUAUAUUUUUACACUUUUUUUAGACAUGUUUGUCAAGCUGGGAUCUAGACUGCUUUGAUAAAGAGAUGGUGUAAUCUCUGAAUGUUCUCCUACAGCAGGCACUGUUUUAUAUACCAAGAACUAAAGACAUAGAAACUAAUAACACAUAAAAUAAAACACUUUUUAAAGGGGGUAUCAACGUUGUCCCCGGCUUUGCGUUAAGUUAACCUAAACCAGCCACUGAAUAGAUUUUCUCAAAUAACUCUCACAAGCAAACCGAUACGUGUAUUUGCCUUUAUUGUGACAAAGAAGUAACAACUUAGUUUUGUAUUUCAGACCAAAAAUAAUGAGAGGAAUGUGUAGUUUGAGAGAGCAGCCGACCUGUGACCUGAACCAACGCGCUAAUGUGGCUUAAAAUGUCAUGAAACACAACAUUUUGGAUGUAGUUUAUCACUAUUUCAAUGACAGCAGUACACUAUGUAUUAUUGAGCUUUUGACUUGAGAAGAAUGCCAGUAUAAGACAGAGUAAAAAUGAAUGCAUUUUCACUUAUUGCAUCUUGUGGAAGAAGCAUGAACCACUGAAAUGACAUUGCAUGUGAGGCACCAACAAAUCUUUUUGGCUAGUUUUAUACAACCUUUUUGAAGCUUGUUUUGGGGUUAAAAAUUGAGUUAUUUGCUAUUGUUUCUAUUCCCGAUGGUGUAUUAAAAUAUCACCAGUGUCUUUGUAUGAUGAACGUUUGAAGCCUAAAAAACAAACCUACUGCGAUACUCUACAUGGGACCAAACCUCUACUGAUCAACUUUACGAAUGAACAAGCUUUAUUUUUCUAUAAAUGUAGAUAAUCACAGGCUCAGAAACAGUCCGCCCCUUCAUGCCAGACUGGGUAUUUUAAUGGGGUUGAGGACCGGACAGUAAAAGCUGGCCACAUGAUCAUCUCAUGGCCUUGCAACAUGUGCUUCGUUCUUGUUACACAUUUUGGCUUAGGCUGAGCGUUAAUACAGAGAGAAAUGCAGUCAUUCACACUCAGUCGGUGUGUGUGCUUUCGUGCUCAUCCAGAUUCAGCGUGGCAGGCAUUUGCUUGCCAUCGUGUCCCACACAAAGGUCUUUUUUGUCUGUCUCUUUAGGCAAGAUGAACUUUCAGAUAGUUGACACUUGCGUCUCAUCCGAAUGGCUAAAUGUAAGUCAUUUAGUUGGUGUCGUAGUUAUUUUAUUCCCUUUAUUUGGAAUGUUUUGUAGGUACACCAAAGACCAUGUGUUUGAACUAGUAUCAAGUAGAGGGAAAAUGUCACAUUUUAAAUUUUAAACACUCCAAACGUCAUGAAUGUCCUCUGCUGCAAAAGUGAAUGCUGAGAAUUUUCCUCCAAAAAGGUUUCUCUUAAUUUUCAAAUCAGUACGUAGAAUGCGUUAGAAUGCCAAUGAUGCUAACACAGUUUGUGAUGAUUGUGAUUCCAGUCAGAAUAACAGCAACGCUGUUUGUUUGUAACAUUUAAAAUGACCAAGCAGAGAGAUAUAAACUGUACAGUAAAUGAUCUUUAUUUCAAAAGCAGCACAACACAUGACUCGUUUCCCGACAAACCCGUUGACAUUUUCAUAGAUACAUAUGUUCGAUCUGCAUGACAACUUAAUUCCAUAAUGCAUAGAAAAGCUAGGCUGCUUAUGUACAUGUUGUAUAAAAGUCCUUAUGUAUAAAUCAUAUAAGGGACUAUAAGAACUUUGGUUGGUCUAACAACAAGCAUUCAUAUGAGAAAUGUAAAAUGUCUUAAAUGUUUUGAGAUUAUACUCCAUGGUAAUAAAUACAUAAUGUGCCUGCAUACUCCUUCCAUCAAUGCCUCAAUGUCUCAAAUAAAAGGAAACUGUAUUUUUCUCUGAAA